AGUGCCAGCCAACCUAAAGAGCACUCCCUGUGUCUACGUUCUGCAUCCGUGCUGCAAAGCUGAAUUCUUCUAAGCCUUAGCACAAGGCCACCGACUUAUUUUUAUGUUUUUCCUAUUUAGCGAAGAGAAAUGCUCUAGCAAGUUCUUUUCAUUAUCACAGAACUAAAACUGGUCAUAAAAACAAUCCUCCUCCUUCCAGAGGUCUGCUCAGGCAUUGGCAAUUUUUAAGAUGCUUGCCUAUCAACAGCCACUCGAGAAAGAAUUUUAAAUGGUUCUGUGACGUCAAGGAGGCCCAAGAAAAUACAGUCUGGUGCCAAAUGACUUCCAUCAUUGAAAGCACGCAGUAAGAAAUAGAUAACACAGAAAUAAAUCUUUUAUGCAGUAGCAAUCUCAUGAUACGCUCUAGCAACUCCAAUAAGUGAGGUGGUCUGCUGUAGGAAUAGCUAAAGAAGAUGAACGUUGAGACUCUCAUUUUCUAAUUUAUGAUUAAUGAAAAGCCAACCUAGUCUGUCUGACAUCCUGCUGUCUGGACAGAAUGUCUGCGGGUAGCUUGGACCCUGCAGAGGGAAAUGCCCUGACAAAAUUACUGCCUACAAAAGUGAACAACCUAAGUAUGAUGGACAAAAAACUGAAUCUCUUGAAUGAAAAGAUGGACAAACUGUUGCAUUUCCAAGAAGAUCUGACAGGCAAACUGCAGCGAGUUAACAAAGGCAUUGAUGAUGUAGAAAAAGGCAUUAAUGAGCUAACAGUAUCCCGAGCAGCUCCCGAUGAGACGGAUGCAAUGCAAAAAGGCCUAAAGGUAUCGGACAGUGCUCACCAGGCUGAUAUCCAGAGCAUAUGCUCGGAAGUAUUGAAGUUGAUGAAAGCUGCCCAGCUAGAUGCCUCGAAGCAUAAGGAGAGGCUGGCAAAGAUAGAGAAAAGGGUUGAUACACUGGAUAAAGUUAUUACAUUUGUGGGAGAAGUACUGAAAAAUUCUAAAGUAGUGGAUUUUAUUCUCAAAGGUGUUGUGCCCUGGAAGAAGGGGAGUCUGCUGGAAAUCCUUGUGGAGGAUUUUGCAAGAAUAAUGUUCCCCCUGGUCAUUGUUGCAGGUUUGCUUAGAGCUGUAAUAAAAAUGGCUAAAGAUAAGUCCGAGGAGAGUGGUGCAAAACCGAAGCAUGUGCUUAGUAACAGAGGGACCCAAACUGAAAGCAAGAAGGCUCUGGAAGAGACAAGAAGUGGGAAAAAGCUGGAUGAAAAUGAGGGAGCAUGUGAGAAGGUGAACACGUCUAGCACCGUAGCCCACAAAGCUGGCUCCAAAGCCCAAGUUAAAGAGAGGACGGUGCAGCAGCAAGUAGUGGAAGGUGCUGGCAAAACACACAGCUCUAAGAGCUGUCAACAGCAAAAGGAUGUUGGUGUCAAAGCUUUGAAUCAACACAACGGUCUUCCCUUGGUAAAUAAAGAUCACGUAGACAACCAAAAUGUUCCUGCUAAAGCACAUGAUACGGACAGAGCCCCACGCCUAGAUGAGUGCCACGAGCAGCUUGUUCAUCAGAAACUCAGGAAGAAUGAAAACAAACCUCCAUCAUCACGUGCGGCAUCCCGGGAAGCUGUGCCCUCUGCAUCCCAUGCCGUAUCUGACGCAGGGUGUGAAGUGACACAUACCAGGAUAUCUGUCAAUAUGCGUAUGACUGAAAUGAAAGAAAAGAUUGAGGUGACGCAGGAAGGAAACUUAAAUGAUCUGAGAGGUAAAAGUCCCAAAGUAAAAUCCUCAUCUUCCACAUCAGCAGAAGUGGAAGGAGCCAAACAGCUGCCUGACAAGUUAAAGCUUCAACAGAGUCCUAAAAUCAUCAGCACCGAGCCAAAGCAAGAAGUGAAAGGGGACAAUAAGCAAAAUGAACUUGCACCUCGAACAGGGAAGCAACAGACAUUACUCAGCCAGCCCAAACCAGGUAAAAAGGCUGAAGAGAAAUCCGAAUUAAAACGCAAGCCCACAACUUCACAGAGUACCUCUGCAAAGGAGCCCACAAAAGAAGUGAAAAUCCAUCAAGAAACGGCAAAAGCAGAAGAAUCCCCAACAGAUACCAACUGUGAGAGGAGAGAACCUGAGUCUGCAUCUUCAGGGGGAAGUGAAAAUGCUGCUCGUCAGUGUACAGGAACAGCACCGGAGGAGGCUGAGUCAUUGGAAGCCAGCAAAGAGCAUCCCACACAGGAUGAAAUGAUCAUCGAUGACAGCCCUUCCCCUCCUGCGCCUUUCGAACAUCGCAUUGUGAGUGUCAAGCAAACAGAGGUGACAACGUGCUACUCGGUGUGUCAUCACGAAGUACUGGGGGGGGGGCGUUUUGGGCAAGUUCAUAAGUGCACGGAAAUAUCGACUGGUCUCAACCUGGCAGCCAAAAUCAUAAAAGUGAAAGGAGCCAAAGAGAGGGAGGAAGUAAAAAAUGAAAUUAACAUAAUGAACCAAUUAAAUCAUGUGAAUCUGAUCCAGCUUUAUGAUGCUUUUGAAGCCAGAAAUAACAUCACUUUGAUCAUGGAAUAUCUUGAUGGUGGUGAAUUAUUUGACCGGAUCACAGAUGAAAACUACAAUCUAACGGAGUUGGAUGCAAUCCUGUUUACCAAACAGAUUUGUGAAGGAGUCCACUUCUUGCACCAGCAUUAUAUUCUCCAUUUAGAUCUGAAGCCUGAAAACAUACUAUGUGUAAAUCACACAGGAAACCAGAUUAAAAUAAUUGACUUUGGAUUAGCAAGGAGGUACAAACCUCGUGAGAAACUGAAGGUUAAUUUUGGAACUCCGGAGUUCUUGGCUCCUGAAGUGGUGAACUAUGACUUUGUUUCCUUCCCAACGGACAUGUGGAGUGUAGGCGUCAUCACGUAUAUGUUGCUGAGUGGCCUGUCCCCAUUCCUGGGAGAAACAGAUGCAGAGACAAUGAAUUAUGUUGUCAAUUGCAGCUGGGAUUUUGACGCAGAAGCAUUUGAACAGCUAUCGGAAGAAGCUAAAGACUUUAUUUCCAGACUACUCGUGAAGGAGAAAAGCUGCCGGAUGAGUGCGACACAGUGUCUGAAGCACGAGUGGUUGAAUGAUCUACCUGCCAAAGCCAAGAAGUCCAAGCUGCGCCUGAAGUCCCAGUUGUUGCUGCAGAGUUACAUGGCUCACAGAAAAUGGAAGAAACAUUUUUAUGUGGUGGCUGCUGCUAACAGGCUGAAGAGAUUUCAGAGUAUGUCGGUCAAGCUUGCAUAAGCUCGUAUGAAGCAUCUACUGCUCUUAGAAAUGGACGUGAAGACAUGGAAGAAGGGACUCAGUAUCUUCAAUAAUUUGAAUCCUCUGGUUUAUAAUAUAAAGUUUUGGGUCUGUCCUCUUCAAACAUUAUGUGUGUUAGUGCUAAGGUUCCAGAAGUGCCUCAGGAACAGGCACUGAAAUAAUUACUAAAAGCAGAAGCUACCUUGUUUGUUUUUACAGAUUUUCAGUUGUUGUACAUAG